GAAUCCAGCCUCGGCCAACUGUCUCCCUCUUCGCCUCCCCAGACCCCCCAAAGCUCCCACUCCUGGAGCUCUUCCAAGAGCUCCAAGGUCGAAAUGUCUGACGAGGAAAUGGACGACUGGCUCGACAAGCCCAUGGAUGCCGACGUCCACCGCUUCCGCAAGUUGUCUGCUGCGUCUCUCGAGAGCCUUGCCUACCCAGAAGAGCCUGAGAAGAAGAUCCACGUUAUCAGGGAACACCCCGACGAGGACGAGAGCGAAACACGGGCUGAUCGCCAACUCUCCGCCGUCUGGCGCGAGACCUGGUGCUGGGAGACCCAAGCUCAAAGGCUUAGCGCCAAGGACCAAGCUUACGAAAUCAACUUGCCGACUUCAACCCCCGAUGAUGACUCGGCCAAGUGAAGCAAUUCAAGCCCGCUCGCCCCAUCCUGCGAGCUUUCAGCCAAAUACGGGCUUUCCGAAAAAAGCUCAUCACGUGCGCCCGCCCCUCGGCUAUACCAAGCCCAAAGGACCUAGGCCCAACACCAUUAAUCCAUACGCCAACGCCCAAUCAUAGUCUGUGCAGGU